AUGUGGAGGCUAAUGACUUUCCCACCCGCACGCACCAUCACCGAAACCCUGGAGCAGCUGGUGGAAAAGGAAGAAAAGCUGGUCGUUGUUGUAAUGCAUUCCUACGGGGGCAUUGUGGGCGGUACAGCUAUUCCCAGAUAUCUCACCCAUGCUUCGCGACAGUUAGAGGGGAAAAAGGGCGGUGUUUUGCAUUUAUUCUAUUAUGCUGCCUUUGUUCUACCGGAGGGCGCGUCGGUGAUGGGAACUUUUGCGAUCUCCCGCACGCCGAGGCAGGCCUUGUGGGAGUCGCGCUUGAUCCCUCAGUCUUCCUUGGUACAGACUACACCCACGACUCGCGCGGCUUAUGAGUACCUCCCGUCCACUUACCUGAUCUGCGAGGGUGACCAGGCAGCACCUGCACAGUUCCAAGAAGGAUUCGCCAGUUUGGCCAGGGCUAAGAUUGAUCACUGUAGCGCCGGCCAUUCUCCAAUGCUGAGCCAGCCAGGCAUGUUGGGGCGGAAGAUUGCGGCUGUGGUGGGCAAGGCGUCGGCAGGAACACCCUAA